CACGGGCCCCUGUUAUUACUAACAUGCGCCGGGUGCGCAUAUCUCUUCAUCUUCACGAGAAAUAGCAGAAAUUUACCGUACGAGUUUAUACAUUUCUUUAUCACCGUCAGCUACAGAGAUUCUAGAGAGAGAGAGUUAUAAAGUCUUUUUGAAUAUUUUAGCACAAACUCACUGCUAAAAACACAGAUCUAGAUCCAAAUAACUGCUCUCAACUCAAGAUCUCCAAGCUCCCUAGCUCUAUCCUGCUUCAUUCAGGUGAAUCACAACACAAACGAUGUCAAGGAGGCCAGCUAGUUUAUCUCGGCGUCUUGGAGAUGGAGCUGGCAUUCCCUUUAUGGGGUCCUUGAAUCCAAAAUCACGUGCAUCACCGUUUUUAUCCAUUGGACUUGUGCUAGUGGGAGCUUUUCUGAUAAUUGGAUACGUUUAUAGUGGUUCAGGUGGAAGCAAUGGUGAUAAAGCAGCUUUAAGUAGGCUUGAAGGUGGCGGUGUUUCAUGCUCAGCAGAGAUUAAUCAAGCAUUACCAUAUCUGAAGAAAGUAUACGGUGACAGCAUGCAUAAAGUUCUGCAUGUAGGUCCCGACUCAUGCGCAGUGGUCUCCAAAUUGUUAAAAGAAGAAGAUACAGAAGCAUGGGGUCUGGAACCCUAUGAUUUGGAUGACAGUGAUGCAAACUGCAAAAGCCUUAUACGCAAAGGCAUUGUUCGCGUUGCUGAUAUAAAGUUUCCUUUGCCGUAUAGGUCAAAAUCAUUUUCUCUUGUCAUUGUCUCAGAUGCCCUUGACUAUUUGUCCCCAAGGUACCUCAACAAGACUCUUCCUGAAUUGGCUAGAGUUUCUUCAGACGGAUUUGUUGUUCUAUCUGGUUAUCCUGGUCAGCGUAGAGUUAAAGUGGCUGAGAUGUCUAAGUUCGGCCGCCCUGCAAAACUACGAAGCUCUUCGUGGUGGAUUCGGUUUUUUGUUCAAACAAGAUUAGAAGAGAAUGAAGUUGCUACAAAGAAGUUUGAAAUGGCUGCAUCCAAGAAGGGUUACCAGUCAAGCUGCCAGAUAUUCCAUCUGAAAUCGCUCAGUUGAGUUACAUCCUAUUAUGAAGAAAGAAGUAAAGUAUAAAGUUGAAAAAGCAUACAACAUGUUCUAAAGCAUAACGAUUUGGAAUUUUUUGUACUCUCAAGUGGGUUGACUCAUUGGUAUACUGAAGAUGUAUAUUGUUUGUUACUCUUGUUUCAUGUCUUUUCAUAUUGUUAUGUAAUUUUAGACUGUUUCAUUUUCGAACUAUUGCUUUAAAGGUUAAUUCAGUUGUAAAAGAAGCCUAGUUAUACUUAAUGAUUUCAUCUCAUGUGGAGGGUGUGCUCAUCA